UCUGCAACAGUCUGAGAAACAGAAAAGAAAAAAAAAAAAUGGAGAAUGAGGAAGAGGAAGGUCAACAAAACUCACAGCAAAACCAGCACAAGAGGAACAAGAGCUCCUCUUCCUCAACAGUGAUAAAGAUACCAUCUUACCAGGAAGUUAUUGAGAGCUCACAGUCAAAGUCAACCCCACCUUCUCUCUUCAACCCUUCCAAGUCCUUCUCUCAAGCCUUCUCUUUCAUCAAAUCCUCUGAGUUCUACACCCCACCACCACAACCACCACCACCCUCCUCCAAUAACACUUCCUCUUCACAGUCCUCACAGGCCUUGAAUGGCACUGUUUCCAGACAAAUUGGUCAAUCUCAUCCACCAUCUUCUACGUCACCGGCUUCUUCUGCUGCUCCUGCUACUUCAUCACCAUUGUCAACUUCACUUGCCACACAGAGUCGCAAUGCAAUUCUUGUAAGCCACAGACAGAAGGGAAACCCCUUGCUCAAACAUAUCAGGAAUGUGAGGUGGGCUUUUGCAGAUAUUGUUUGUGACUACUUACUUGGUCAAAGCUCAUGUGCUCUCUAUCUGAGUCUUCGGUAUCAUCUGCUGCACCCAGACUACCUAUAUUACCGAAUCAGAGAACUGCAAAAGAAUUUCAAGCUUCGUGUUGUUUUAUGUCAUGUCGAUGUGGAAGAUGUAGCUAAGCCUUUACUUGAAGUUACUAAAACAGCUCUGCUUCAUGACUGUACCCUAUUAUGUGCUUGGAGCUUGGAGGAAUGUGGUCGCUACUUGGAGACUAUAAAAGUAUAUGAAAACAAGCCUGCAGACAUUAUUCAAGGCCAAAUGGAUACAGACUAUCUAUCACGGCUAACUCAUGCUCUUACAACGGUUCGACAUGUUAACAAGACUGAUGUAGUCACCCUUGGUACUACAUUUGGGUCCCUUUCUCAUAUCAUGGAUGCAUCAAUGGAAGAUCUAGCUCGAUGCCCUGGAAUUGGAGAGCGCAAGGUAAAACGCUUGUAUGACACUUUUCAUGAGCCAUUCAAGCGUGUUGUUGCCAGCCGCCCUGCAGUUCCUGAAACUCCUGUCCAGAACAAUACUGAACCUGUCUCAGUGAGUGAAGAGAAAGGAAAGGAGAAGGCCACAGAAGAUGCAAGCAACAAGAAGAAUGAGCCUGAAUUGACAGUUAAAUCUGCCCUGUCUGCUGCUUUUGCCAAGUAUGCUGAUAAAGUUGGUCAAAAGAAUGCAAAGAUGGCAGGGGAGAAGAAAGGAGAAACAAGGGCUAGUGUCGAAUCAGAAGCUGAAAAAUAAGAACUCCUUUCCAGAUCUCAAGGUAACCACAAGCAGGAGGGCUGGGUAUAGGGGAAAUAAUUGAUAUUUUCCCUUAUUAUGGCGCACUGGGAAGAAAACUGAUUGUGGCAGAGCUGCAGUUGCAUUAGUGAGGCACACUUACUCUAAUGCUCUCCUAUACGAGGCAGUACAAAAGAUCGGAAUCACCAAAUUUUGUUCGACCGGUGGUCAACAUAAGAUAUAAAAUCUGAAAGUCAUUAUGUAUUGGUAUGUAUAUAGACAUACCUUGAAGCAAAUUUCUGUAGUGCUAACUAUCAUCUUCUGCAAUGAAAAUGGGCAGUCUUUUCAAAGGUUGCCAAAAAAGAAAGAGCACUAUAAUGCCCUUGAGUGGCUCAUAAGAAAUUUGUUAUAUUGAAUUCUAUUUGUAUGAUGAACUAUGUGGUAUGAUUUAUCGAAGCUUGACAAACUCCCAGAAAUAAUGUUUCAUUCUUGAUGAACUUGUAAAGUAGGUUCGCUACAUUGCUUCAGAAUCUGAUGUACAUUGAACUAGAUUGGAGUUAAAUCACUAUGCCUGCAGUCUUUAUCUUA